GGGUGGCUGGAGCCCGGGGGAGGAGGGCGGAGGCGGGGCCCGCCCGCCUGCUCGGCCCGGCCCGGCCCGACCUGCCGCGGCGCGGCGCCGGAGGGAGGUCACCAGCAGCGGCCCCGCGGCGGGCGCAUGGCGCCGGCGCCUCAGGCCCGGGAGCAGGAGCCGGAGCAGCAGCGGCGGCGGCGGCACACAAAGCGGGCGGCGGCGGCGGCAGCGGCCAUGGCCGGUUUGUCUUCACCCACCCCUCUCACUCACACACGCGCACACACACACACACAUAUACACACUCACUCACAUUCACACACACACUCUUCCCAACGCCACCGCCGCCGCCACAACUUCCGGGUUAGGCUGCGGCUGCUGCAGCAGCAUCCCCCCCCAGGACUCCCGGAGAUAGCCCACCUAAGCCGGCCGGGAGGCGCGGCGGCGGCAGCCCCGACCCGGGGCGGGGCGGGGCCCGGCGUCUCGUGGCAGGGCCGCGGCCCCGCGCGCUGGCGGGAGCGGGAGCGGGAGCGCGGAGGGACCGCAGGCUGGCCCCGCAGGAGCCUGCGCGCUGCUCUAGGCAUCCUGGGGGAGCGGGGCGCGCGCCCAGGACUGACCGGGGAGGGAGCUGGGCACCGAGGGGAUCUCCGCUCGUCCCCAUACCGCCAGAAGCCUCGAGUGCUAUGCGUGCCGCAUGACUGGGAGGACCUACAGGGCCGGAGCGGGCAUUUAGAGAUAUAAAACUUGCCCUAAGAACUACUUUGGCUGCAUCCCAUAAGUUUUGUGCUCAGCCUGGUGCCUUGCAUAUAAAUAUUUGCUGAAUUUAAUUGAACCGACUUUUGUCUGCCAAGAGAAAAUGAGAGGGUAAAGAAGAGAAAGCUGGAGCUAGAGCAAGGAAGAUGAUAUCUGUCACCUAUAAUUCCAUUUCCAUAGGCAUAAAUAUUUUCCUAAUAGCUCUCAUUUAUCAAUGGGAAUAGAGAUAUGUUUGUUUUGCAUCUAGCAAAGAACAAAAAUCUUCUUUUAAAAACUUGCUUGGUGCUCAUAUAUUCCAAGUACAAAAACAUUAUAAAUUACACCAUGAUCUUUUCAGCCAUUUUAACAGUUACACUUCUAGCAAGAACACAUGAAAAUAAAAGAUAACACUGACGCUAUGGCUUCUGGGCCAAAACCACAUGCCUUUAAUUACCCUUCUUGUCAGAAGAUAAUCAUUUGCAAACCACUAACAGAAGUUUGUAGUCACACUUAGGGGUAAAAGCAUUUUUCUCUCUUCUAGUGUUUUGACAGAAGGAAAAAAGAAACAUGUCAGGAUAAGAGUGCACUCAAAGCCUUCUCUAGCUUUUCUGGCUACAUUUGCAUAUGAAAGGCCAAGAAUGUGGCAGGACAGGUUGAGGAGCCCGUGACUUUGCCUUCUUGUCUUAGCUUAGUCAGUGUGUCUUUUCUCCACCUACUUAAC